AUGUCAACGCCCGAGGCGAUGACCGAGAUCGGAUUGCCGGAUGAGUUAGACGCCGAACGCUUUGACACCUCGACUCCCGUAUGGGGUCUACACGUCGAUGGUUCGGCAAACCAACAAGGAUGCGGAGCAGGCUUGGUACUGACAACACCGGACGGACUCAAGAUCGAGUACGCCCUCCGAUUCGACUUCCGAACCUCCAACAAUGAAGCGGAAUAUGAAGCUCUCUUGGCCGGCCUUCGGUUAGCCAAGAGCAUGAAUGCAAAACAAAUAAGAAUUCACAGCGACUCCCAGCUCAUCGUGAACCAGGUAACGGCAGACUUCGCCGCCAAGGAUGCCUCCAUGCACGCCUACCUUUCAACCGCCCAUCAGCUACUCCAAAGCUUCCAAGCCUACAAGAUCAAACAGAUCCCCAGAGGCGAAAACAGCCAUGCCGAUGCACUGGCGCGCCUGGCUUCGGCGAUAAACGACAAGGUCGGAAGAAAGGUACCGGUGGAGAUUCUUGCCCAACCGAGUACGGUAGCCUCCGAAACGUGUACCGUACGGUAUGAGGAUACAUGGAUGUCUCAUAUCUACUUGUACCUGACGAACGGCACCCUUCCUGAAGAUAAGGCCCAGGCCCGGAAGCUUAGAUACCGAUCAGCAAGGUACACUGUCAUCAACAAUGUGCUUUACAAGCGUGGCUACACCACCCCAUAUCUCAAAUGCCUUACGGCAGAACAGGGGGACUACGUCCUUCGGGAGAUCCAUAACGGUGUGUGUGGCGACCAUUCCGGGUCCCGAUCCCUCGCCUACAAAGCCUUUCGGCAGGGAUACUUUUGGCCUACCAUGCACCAGGACGCUAAUUCACUCGUGAAAAGGUGCGAUAAAUGCCAGCGCUUCGGUAACGUUCCGCAUAUCCCUGCCGAACCUCUGACACCGAUUGUAAGCCCUUGGCCUUUCGCACAAUGGGGACUAGACCUGAUCGGUCCAAUGCCGCAAGGCAAGGGGCAGGUAAAAUAUGCAGUGGUUGCCGUCGACUACUUCACCAAAUGGGUGGAAGCCGAACCUCUAGCAACCAUAACGGCAGCAAAGAUGGAGGAUUUCGUCUGGACUCAUAUUUGUUGCCGAUUCGGUAUCCCAUAUGCAAUCAUUACCGAUAACGGCAGACAAUUCGAUUCGGAACUCUUCAGGCAAUUUUGCACCCGCCUGAAAAUCAACUUGUUUUUCGCAUCACCAGCGCAUCCUCAGUCAAACGGUCAAGUCGAAGCAAUAAACAAAAUAGUGAAGAAGCUACUGAAACGGCAGCUGGACAAGGCCAAGGGAGCCCGGCCGGAAAAGCUUCCCGAAGCACUAUGGGCUAUUCGGAUGUCUUACUGA